AUGCGCAAAAUCAAAGCCAAUACUUUCUCCAACCAAGACGCGAACCAUAUCCUCCACGCCAUGUGUCUCUCACACCUCUUCUCCAGGAAACAAAAACCAGACGCGGAUCAAGAGACGCAACUACAGCCAUCACCACCAGCUCAGGUCACGGGCCGCAGAACAGCCGCGGCCACCGCCCUGCUCAGCAACAGCAAAUUUGCAAGCGACGGCAGCCGGAGGAGGUACUCGUCCGAGAAGCAAACCGGCGCAGGCUAUUCUCCCAGCGGGUAUACAGCUUCACCAGCAAUUCCUGACGGGCAGCACGACGGCAUCUACGGCGCUGUUUAUGGCGCAGUGCAUUCUGAAGUGAGCGGAGGAGCAAACGGGGGUGUAUCAGGCCGAGUAUACGGUGGCGUGUACGGAACAUCAAGCGGAGGAGCUUACGGGUCAUUAUCAUGA